GCGAAUAUACAAAUAAAUACAUGAAAAUAAUAUUUAGACAAUCUUUAAUUUUGGAUUGUAAUCAUAUUAAAACGCUUUGGGAUAAAACUCUUUCAAUAGGAACUGACACAUACAGACUUAAAUUUCAUAACAAAUUAUUAAGCACAUAUCAGGAUAAACAAGAGACGCUAUCAAUGGAAGAUUGUAUGGUGUUUAUUGAAUCAUAUUAUCAUGCAGCAAGUGUCUAUUUUUUUUGGAGAAGCUAUAAAACUGCACUAUAUAAGAUAAGAGAUGGUAUAAAAUUUGGUCAUUCUGUUCAUAAACAGCUGUUCAAAGAUGAUAGUAUAAAUAAAUAUAUUAAAGAUUUAAAUUCGUGGUUAUGGCUGUGUGAGUCAUUGAAACAAGACAUAUUAAUAUAUACUAAUCCUGAGACAACUCUUGAACAUAAUAGCGAUGUAUCAACAAUAAAAUUAAACUCCAAUGCAUCAGUAUUAAUUUAUCGGAAAUAUUUUUUAGACGAUGACCUCGAAGAAUGUAAGAAGAAAUCAUUAGAAAUAUUGGCAACUGAAAACUAUAAAUCCAUUGAAGACAAUAAUAUUAUUUAUACCAAAUAUAAUUUAAUGUAUAAAUACUUACUUCUUGCCAGUUUUGGAAAAACAGAGAAGGUUAAAUUAGAUAAUGUAAUUAAUGCAAUUCGGUUGCCAGUCUUAUCAAUCGAAGAUAGAUUAUUAAACUAUAAAGCAUUAUUAAUCACAAUGGACAUGCUACACAUAUGCUUGGAUGAAAAAGAAUUAUUAGAUGAGUUAGAAGCUUGUGAGCCAAUGAAUUCACUUAAAAAAAACGAUUCCUUCUUCCGCGAAAUAAUAAUUCCCAGAUUAAAAAAUGUAUAUUAUGCUAUGCAUGAUAAGGAUAUAAUAAUGAAGCUCAUUUUCAAUCUAUCAACAAAGGACGCUAUAAUUAAUGAGAGGAUAUUGCAUGUAAUUGUCACUUCAGCAAUAGAUAUUGCCGAACUUGACCAAAGCAAAUAUAUAACACAUAUUAAAACUAUCAAAACUGCAAUUAAGGUUCUCAGAAAUUUCGUCAAAGUUUUUGUUGUGGAAAAAGAAAAAAGCGAAAAAAAUAAAACAGAAAAAGAUAAUAAAUGUGAAUCCGAAGAAAUUGAAACAGAAUAUUAUAGUGAGAAAAUGGUGGAAUUAUUAUCCAAUUCAACGCCUGAUAAAAAAACUAAGAACGUUUUUAUAGCUUAUAAGUGGUUAGCUGAAUUGUAUGGAGUACUUUGUGAUCCUUCAAAUCAUUUAACAAAGUAUCAAAGAAGAUUAAAAUUAUAUAUAGGAUUAGCAGAUAAAAUUAUUGAUGGAAAUGAUGACCACUUAAAGUAUCUAAAGAAUAAACAGGAUGCCAAAAUUCUAUUAGCCAAUAACAGUUGGGAAGUUAAUUCUUGGCCUGGUGGUUGGAAUUUUAGUAAUUUAAAAACAGAAACGUCAAAAAUAUUAGACACAUACACGAAUGAAAAAAAAUCAAAUAUGUUGAAAGACCUAAAUUCUCUGAGAAAUAAAUCAAAAUGUCCAUACGUUAAUAAGAUAGAAAUAAAUAUUCUACUUUAUAGAUUAUAUGUUAUGGAUUCGGAUAAAAAUGAAUAUAAAGAAUUGCACCAAUAUUUAGCGAAAGCUAUUAAUGAAGUAGUCAUUACUAGCGAGGAUCGAGCUAGAAAUAUGGAAGCUCAUGAACUUUUAAGUAUGUAUUUAAUGAUACAGAACAGACAUUCAAUUGAACAGGUACAGACAAAUACUGGUUCUCAAAACGGAGGUAUAAGAUAAUACAUUUUUCGAAGAUAUUAAGAAUAUUAACCGUUAAUUAUUAUAUUUAUUUCAUCAUUAUAAUAAUAUUGUUAUCUUAUUUUAAAAUUCACACAUAUUGUAUCAAUAUUUAUUUUCAGCUAUAUCUUAUACUGUGAACCUAAUAUUAUCUAUUAUUUUUAAAGCUAUUGUAAUAAAAAAAGAUGUUCACUUUAUAUCUAAAUAAAUACACAGAAUAGCUAAUUCCGAUGUGACCAUAUGCAGUGUAUAAUAACGCACUACAAUUCAUAGGUACACGUCAACUGUGAACAACACUCUACAGAAUAGCACAGAUGCUUUACUAGCAAAAAUUAAGUUGCACCGAGGCACAUAAAAACUUACGGACGUGUCCCACUCCCGUAACGUUUCGUACCACCGAUACUCAUCAAAAGUAGAAGAGACGCAAUGACUACAAUCUUAACAUGAAGGGGAUUAAUGAAUCCUAGCCCAUCUCUUUGUGUUUUAGAAUUCUGAAUACACAUUGUCCAUAUAAGCCUAAUCCAAAAUCUUUACUAUUUAAAAAUAUUUCUUUGCCACUCGUUUUCUAUUCAUUCAGUUAUUCGGACACCGUGUUUGGUCACUGAACUAGUUAUUCUAUAUUUUAAUCUA